AAUAAUUAUUUUCAAAUUUCAAAAGUUACUGAAUAAUUGCGCACACUGACUGAUUCAAUUAAUUUCAGUUAGCAAAAUAUAAUUAGCCAGUGCCAUAACAGUCAAUUUAAUCAUCCAUCACCCUGGUGUAGGCGUUAUGAUUGUUCAUUACAGUUGCAUUCCCUUGAAAUGUAAUGAAAACGGCUUUUCUUCCCCGCGCUGAGCAGCCUACAUGUAGGCAGGAUCAAGUAUUUGAGAAGGGCUCUUGAUUGUCGUGAGAUCAUUCGUCGUCUGUCCAGUGGCUGCAAUUGGUCGCAUGAACGUUUUUUUCCCGCGGACUCGAGACUGAAGGAUGAAAUGAGGUGCAGAGCUGAAGAGCUGAGGGAAUGGGCGAAUAAAGACAGACGAAGCACGCACACCGAGAGCGCCGUGAGCCAUCUGAGAUCUGACUGACGCUGCGAGAAGAUACGAGUGAAGUCUGACCAUCACGAGACGCGGGAAUUCGGAUCACAUUUAGGUCAAGCGGAUUUCUCUCAAGCGAAUGGUGUGAAAGGUGCAGGGCAAGCAUCACUCACACGGCUAUAAGGAUGCGGGUGUCGGGAUCGAGGAUUAAGCUGUGGUGUCCGCUUAUCUCGCUGGCACUGAUUCAGUUUCUCGCCCCUGUUUCGGCUCAAGUUCCAGGUCCGAGAAGACUUCGAUUUAAAGUCCUGAGUGAAGGCAGGCUACUUGUCUCAUGGAAGGAACCAAAAGGAGAAUAUGAAGGCUACAGAUUUACAUAUAAUAGUGAACCAGGUGGGGAAACAACCGAGUUGCAAAUUGCAAGGGGAGAGAAUAAAGCAAUAAUAAAGGAUUUUAAUCCCAGGAAGGAGUAUUCAGUCAAGGUUAUAGCUGUGAGUGGAAACCUGCGCAGCCGAGCACUUCAGGGAAAAUAUACUGCAGAAGACCAGAGCAGUGAUAGAGACACCACUCAACCUCAAAGACAGAAAGAACCGGGACCUGUGGAUGAGGGCAAUGAGAUCUCAGGAGCGGAUCAGUUUGUCUGCACAACAUCUGCCAUUGCGGAUAUUGUCAUCCUGGUCGAUGGAUCUUGGAGUAUCGGGCGAAUCAAUUUCCAUUUGGUUCGUGUGUUUCUUGAAAACCUGGUCAAUGCCUUCGAUGUGGGAAUAGACAAAACCCGGAUUGGACUGGCCCAGUACAGUGGCGAUCCACGGAUUGAGUGGCACUUGAAUGGCUUCAGUACAAAAGAUGCAGUAAUAGAUGCUGUCAAAAACCUACCGUACAAGGGAGGCAACACUCUCACAGGUCUUGCUCUUACCUACAUCCUGGAGAACAGCUUCAAACCCGAGUCUGGGGCUCGUAGCGAUGUUCCCAAAAUUGGAAUUCUGAUAACCGACGGCAAAUCCCAGGAUGAUGUUAUCCCACCUGCUCAGACCCUGAGAAGUGCUGGAGUGGAGUUGUUUGCCAUUGGUGUGAAGAAUGCUGAUGAGAACGAGCUGAAGGCCAUCGCCUCUGAACCAGAGGAAACACACGUUUAUAAUGUGGCAGACUUCAGUAUCAUGAGCACUAUUGUAGCAGGUUUGACCAAAAAGGUGUGCGACGGAGUGGAACAACAAGACAAAGAUAUUAAACGAGAUUCUCCCACUGAAGAGACGCCAUCUCCACCCCAGGACUUGGUCACUUCUGAGGUGACCGCUCACAGUUUCCGUGUCUCUUGGACUCAUGCGUCUGGCAGUGUGGAAAAAUAUCGGGUUGUUUACCAACCAAUUGGAGCAGAUGUUCUGGACGAGAUUGUGGUGGGCGGCACGGAGAAUUCAGUCGUCCUGCAGAAUUUGAACUCUCUGACUGAAUACGAGAUUGCUGUGUUUGCUGUGUACCGCAGCGCAGCGAGUGACGCUCUGAGAGGCAACGAGAUCACACUUGCUCUUCCCACAGUGAGUGAUCUCGAGGUGUACGAUGUGACAGACAACAGCAUGAGAGCCCGCUGGAGGGAUGCAGAAGGGGCUUCGGGGUACAUGAUCCUUUACGCUCCACUGAGCAGAGAGACUACAGAUGAAAGAGAGCUAACGGUGGACGAGUCGGUGACUGAUGUGGGACUGACUGGAAUGAUUCCUGACACAGAGUACACCGUUACGGUCUAUGCCUUGUUCAGAGAGGAGACCAGUGAUCCCGUUACUAUUCAGGAGACCACCAUGUCCCUGAGACCUCCACGUAACCUGCGGGUCACUGAAGUUGACCACAGCUCUGUGCGGCUCAACUGGGACGCAGUGUCCAGGAAGGUUAAGGGCUACCGUGUCGUGUAUACGAAGACAGAUAGUGUUCAGACCAGUCAGGUGGAUAUGGUUCCAGUCACCAAUGUGUACCUGAAGAACCUGUCACCCUUAACAGAGUACACCGUGGAAGUUUUUGCUCUUUACGAUGCUGGCCAAUCAGAGGCACUGAGUGGUAGAUUCAAUACAAAGCUUGUGCCAGCCCCAUUCAGACUGAUGACAUCAGAGGUGACCUCAGAGAGUUUCCGGGUCAGCUGGUCACAUCCGGCCAGAGAUGUGGUGCUCUAUAAGAUGGCCUGGUCACCCACUGAAGGAGGACAAGAGAUGGAGAUCAUGCUGAAUGGUGCUGAGGACUCAUAUGUGAUUCAAGACCUGAGUCCUUUUACAGAGUAUAAGGUGUCACUCUCAGCCAUCUAUAAAGACGAAAUGGAGAGCAGCCCUGCGCUUGUGCUUGAGAAAACAUUGGACUGGACCACAGAAGCUCCCACCACUUUUCCCUCAACUACAGCAUUUGUUCGUUUGGGAGUGAGUAACCUGUGGGUGGAUGAGGAGACACCUUUCAGUUUGCAAGUGAACUGGGAGGUGCUGGACUCAGACGUGGAGCAGUACAAAGUGACAUAUGUCAAUGCAGACCACACAGAAGAGACAGUGUUAGUCUCGGGAAACAGAAGAAGCGUGAUCCUGCAACCUCUCCUCUCAGACACAAGGUACAAGAUCACAGUGACCCCUAUCUAUGCAGAUGGAGAGUCCACAGCUCUGUCUAAGGUCUCUACCGGCAAAACACUGCCACUCUCUGGACCCAGUAACCUCAGAGUCUCUGAUGAAUGGUAUAAUCACCUCCGCAUCAGCUGGGACGGCCCUCAGUUCCCCACUUUAGGUUACAGAGUCAUCUAUCAGCCCAUUUCUGUGUCAGGUCCGGCUCUAGAGACGUUUGUAGGGGAUGAUGUGAACACCCUGCUGUUCCUCAAUCUGUUGAGUGACACGGAGUACAGCGUUCAGGUCAUCGCCUCGUACACCACCGGCUCCAGCCAACCCCUCACCGGCAAGGGCAAAACACUGUUCCUGGGGGUGACGAAUCUCAGCACGUACAAGGUGCUCAGUAGCAGCCUGUGUGCCCAGUGGCAGCCUCACCGUCACGCCAGCGUCUACAGAGUCGUCAUCGAGUCUCUGCUCAACGGACAGAAACAGGAAGUGAGGGUCGAUGGCGGUGAAUCCAGAGAGUGCUUCUUCAAUCUUACCCCCAACACCCAGUACAAGAUCAGCGUCUACACUCUCUUAAUGGACACAGAGGGUUCUGUUGUCACCACCAUGGCAACAACCGCUCCAGCACCCACCCAGCCACCGACCGCACCACCCACCACCAUCCCUCCUCCCACCAUCCCCCCAGCCAAAGAAGUUUGCAAGGCAGCCAAGGCAGACCUUGCCUUCCUUGUAGAUGGCUCCUGGAGUAUCGGAGAUGACAACUUUCAGAAGAUUAUCCGAUUCCUGUACAGCACAACUGGUGCACUUGACGUGAUUGGCCCCGAGGGAACACAGGUGGCCAUUGUUCAGUUCAGUGAUGACGCCAGAACCGAGUUCAAGCUCAGCUCCUACAGCGAUAAGGAGGUUCUGCUGGACGCCGUGCAGCGCAUCACCUACAAGGGAGGAAACACCAAGACAGGUCGCGCCAUUAAGCAUGUGAAGGAGGCCAUCUUUGCCGAGGACGCGGGCGUAAGGAGAGGCAUUCCUAAAGUGCUGGUGGUGCUCACGGAUGGGCGAUCUCAAGAUGAUGUCAACAAGAUCUCGAAGGAGAUGCAGAUGGAGGGCUACAUUAUCUUUGCCAUUGGCUUCGCUGAUGCUGACUACGGGGAGCUGGUGAACAUUGCCAGCAAACCAAGCGAGAGACAUGUGUUCUUUGUGGACGAUCUGGAUGCCUUCAAGAAAAUUGAAGAACAGCUCAUAACUUUUGUUUGUGAGGCUGCGACUGCCACUUGCCCCUCGAUGUUAAUGAGCGGGAACACUUUAGCUGGCUUCCGUAUGAUGGAGAUGUUUGGUUUGGUGGAGAAGCACUACAGCAGCGUGCAAGGUGUCUCAAUGGAGCCUGGGACUUUCAACAGCUACCCCUGCUAUCGGUUGCACAAGGACGCGCUCGUCUCUCAGCCUACCAGGUAUCUACAUCCCGAAGGCCUUCCCUCUGACUACACUAUAUCAAUGCUGUUCCGCAUACUGCCUGAAACUCCUCAGGAACCUUUUGCAUUGUGGGAAAUCCUUGACAAAAACAAUGAGCCACUUGUGGGCAUUAUCCUGGAUAACGGAGGGAAAACAUUAACCUUUUUCAAUUACGACUACAAGGGAGAAUUCCAAACGGUGACUUUCGAAGGAAGUGAAAUUAAGAAGAUUUUCUAUGGCAGUUUCCAUAAGCUUCAUGUGGCCAUCAGCAAAACUGCUGCUAAAAUUGUGAUUGACUGCAAAACGGUGGGAGAGAAAUCCAUCAACGCCGCAGGGAACAUCACCAUUGAUGGAGUGGAGGUUCUGGGACGCAUGGUCCGCUCACGUGGAAGGAGAGAUAACUCAGCGCCGUUUCAGCUCCAGAUGUUUGACAUAGUCUGCAGCACAUCAUGGGCCAGUCGGGACAAGUGCUGUGAGCUCCCAGGCUUGAGAGUCGAAGAAGACUGUCCUGCCAUGCCCCAUGCCUGCACCUGUGCUCAGGACAGCAAAGGACCACCUGGACCCUCAGGACCACCGGGCGGUCCUGGUAUCAGAGGUUCAAGAGGAGAUCGGGGGGAGCCAGGCUUGACGGGGCCUCAAGGGCCACCUGGUGAGAUCGGACCUCCAGGACCGCAGGGGCCACCGGGUCCUCAGGGGCCGAAUGGAAUGUCCAUUCAGGGUCCACCGGGGGCUCCGGGUGAAAAAGGAGAGAAGGGUGAAAUAGGUGUGCCGGGUCCUCAGGGUGUACCAGGUGCCAGUGGAGGACCAGGCCGAGAUGGACCUCCAGGACAGAGAGGCCUACUGGGUAAGGAUGGACCCCAGGGAAGACCGGGCCCUCCAGGACCAAUGGGAAGCCCCGGAGCUCCUGGGGCUCCAGGACCGAGUGGAUCUCCAGGGCAAAUGGGUGAUCAGGGGACAGCUGGGCCUCCCGGCGCCAAAGGCGAACGAGGAGAGCGAGGUACUAUGCAGUCUCAGGCCGCUGUCCGUGCCAUAGCGCGACAAGUUUGUGAACAGCUAAUUCAGAGUCACUUGUCUCGCUACAGCUCUGUUCUGAACCAGAUUCCCAGUCAGUCUGUUUCGGUACGAACAGUACCAGGUCCCCCGGGUGAGCCUGGUCGACUGGGACCUCCGGGCCCACAGGGAGAACAGGGACCUCCUGGCAGACCAGGAUUCCCUGGAGCCAGUGGGCAAAAUGGCCGUCCAGGAGAGAGAGGUCUCCCAGGAGAAAGGGGAGAGAAGGGCAGUCCAGGGAUUGGGACACAAGGCCCUCGUGGUCCUCCAGGGCCCCCAGGGCCUCCUGGAGAAGGUCGGACAGGAAGUCAGGGCCCUCCAGGGAGACCUGGAAUUCAAGGCUCCUCAGGACGUCCAGGUAUCCCUGGUAGCCCUGGUCCUGCUGGACCCCCCGGCUACUGCGACCAGAACUCCUGCGUCGGAUACAACGUUGGAGGUCCAGCGCAGUAUGAGAAUGACUACUGAGAGCCAGUAGAGAGCCACCUGCUCUUCUCAUCUCUCCCCUCCAUUUCUUCAUCCCACCUCCUUCCAUGGACCAAAACCAAAGACUGUGUCUGGGGAGGGUCUUUUCCACACAUUCCCAAACUCCAUAAUCCAUGUACUUGGUUCCUCAACUCUCAAAAUGUCACCACUAUUGAAGCCCCAUGCCUUUUUAACCCUUCUGCGCAUACCUCAGUUUUAGACAAACUAAAGUGUUUUCAACCUUUUCUGGCAUUAAUGUUGAGAAAUUUUAAACCCACACUCUUAAAGGGGUCAUCGAAUGCUACAUGCACUUUUACAGUGUGUGUACACAACCACCAUAUAAUGAAGAAAAAAUCCACCCAAUGUUUUUUUUUAAUCUUCUAAAAUAUUUGCCCCUCUCUCAAAUUGAGGCGAUCUCAGAUGACAUCACACAGACAGGCCCCUCCCAUGAUAGUUUGAUUCACAGUAGCGUUUCAGCACAGACUGGACUGGACCAAAGUAAGCAGUCUCUCUGAGGCUAAGGUGUGAGGGACGGGGUCAGCAGAGCUCAUUAACAUUUAAAGGAAAAUGCUACAAAUUGGCUUGUUUAUAAAGGGUAAAAAAUAGGGUAAAAAAGUGUUGUUUUACAGUGCUAUUGAGAAAUUUUAACCAAACUAGGUUACAGACUUUUCAUUACGACACUUAAGAAUCAUAUCAACUUGUGGAAAAUGGGCAUCUGAUGACCCCUUUAAAAAUAUAGGAUCCAAAGGCAGGAUUUCACAGCCACAGAAAAUCCAUUUUACGUUUCUUUUGGUGAACCAUUCUUAAAAGAACCUUUUUUUUAUUGUGUAAAAAGCAUUUUCUUAAUUAAAAAAAACUUGUUUCCACUAUAAAGAACCUUUUUUUUUUUUUUUUUUUGAAAUGGUUCCAUGGAUGUUAAAGGUUCUUCAUGGAACCAUUGUAACCAUCGAAUAACUUUUAUUUGUAAAUCAAUCUAUAAUACCCGGAGAAAGCCAUCUGUUACCAUUCCUGUUCGUCUUAAUGUCAGCUGCUUGGCUGGUGGCUACAAUGCACCUUAAGAGAUCUCCAAAAUGAAUCUGUCACCAUAGUAAAUGUUUGAAUGAAAUAUUAACAUUCACUUUCUUUUAGCUAGAUGGUGUAGUUUUAAUGCUAAACCUCUUUCCCUUUGUCUAAACUAAGCUAAUCUCCUAAACUAAGGUAGAAGUCUCUUCUACCUUUCUGACUUAAUUUUCUGCCUUUAUCUCUUUGCUUUUUCCUUUUCUCGCUAACUCAACGCCUGCUCACUUGGUGGUGGUGACAGAAAAAGAUGGCAACCGAUCUAAUUCCCCCAUGUUCCCAUAGUACAACAGUUACCCUCCGACCCCUACCAAAACUAUGGCCCCGCCACCAACUACAACAACGAUGAGGAGGAAGAGGACCCUUACGGUGGCUACCAUGCCUACCCUCCUCAGUACUAUCAACCCAGCUAUCCUGACCCCCGUGCCGCCAGGUUCGGCCCCGCCCACCCUGGUGACACGGUGGGGAUGAGGUCACCUGGCACUGGUCGCUUCUCCCGCAGCACGGCCGAAGAAGGCAGCGUCAAUGAGUCAGAAGUGCAAGUGAAGGCCGAAUAGCUCGGGUGGCCAGCCCCAGCAAACAGACCAUUCACAUGCAAACACUUUUCAUCAGAAUAUCCUGCAGGAUAGGACUGAGGGAAAUCCGAAAAGUGCCUGCUAUAUGCAUCCUUAUUGGGGUGGAUUUGUGGAGAAGAUUAGAAAAUGUUAAGUGACUUUUCUGUCUUUUGUGAGGCUGCAUGUAGUCAAUGAGAUGAAAAGCAAGAUCAAAGAAGGAACACUGCAAAAAAAAAAAAAAGAAAAAAAGAAAAAAAAAAAAAUUCCCAAGCAGUAUUUUUUGUCUGGUUGUCCAGUAGAAAUAUCACAACUUAAAAUAAAUAAAUAAAUAAAAUUACACACACACACGCGCAUACACACACGUGUAUAUGAAUUGUUAGGAUAUGGCAAUAUUUGACAGAGAUACAACUAUUUUAAUAUCUGGAAUCUGAGGGUGCAAAAUCGUCUUUAAAGCUGUCUAAAUGAAGUUCUUAGCAAUGCAUAUUUCUAAUCAAAAAUUUGUUUGAUAUAUUUAUGGUAGGAAAUUUCUCUGAAAUACCUUCAUGGAACAUGAUCUUUACAUAAUAUCCUAAGGAUUUUUGGCAUAAAAUAAAAAAAAAAUCGAUCACUUUGACCCAUACAAUGUAUUGUUGGCUAUGGCUACAAAUAUACUUGUGCUACUUAUGACUGGUUUUGUGCUCACAGGGUCACAUUUACAUCAAAUUUUCCCAAGAUAUAUAAUAAUGAUAAUAAUAAUAAUAAAUAUUGCAUUCAUUUAGUCGAUCACAUUUUAUUAGCCUCACUUAAUUUGAUCUAGAUUUAUGCUGAAAAAUCUGCUAAUUAUAAGAAAAAUAAACGUAAUACGAAUAAAUCCCAAUAUUUUGUUCCACAAAUAAUAUAAGAAAGAUAUUAUUACUGGAAAACCCCAAAAAAAUGCUGAUUAACAAAAUGAUUUUCACAGCGCAGUUGAAUUGUGUGUUCCAUAUCUUUUGUAAAUGAUAAUGGGGCUGUGUGUACAGUUUAUGUAUUUUUUUAAGUGCAAAUUGGUGAUCUACUAUGUUACAAAUUUCACAGAUGUUUACAGCGUUUUGCAGUUAUCUGGAACUGGCUAUUAAGUUAUUUUGUUUAGAGAAAAAAAUAAAAUACCUCCGUUGAUGCUUUUGAUGUUCUUAUCACUAGCAGUUAUUUAUGAGAAGCUGAAUUCUUAAACACUCACACUUAAAAAUGCAUUAAUGAACCGAACAUAAUGGCAACAUUUUUCACUGGUACAGUACUUCACAGUAACACCCUCUGUAACCCCACACAUUUGUCGGGAUCGUAACCGUAUUAUCACACAUUUAUGUGAACGUCCUCUACAUAUGGUCUGUGAGAUGUAAGAUGAAGUGUCAUGCAGGGGAUGCAGUGAAAGCUCUCAAAGUGUUUUUGUAUAAAAGAAGAGCUCAGCAUGGCAUCCUUCCGUGUCUCUGUGCUCCUGUUUCCAAUGGGUCUGCUCACUGUGAAAGAGACCUGGAGAGUUAGAGUUAGGCCUGUGGUCUACCGUCCUUUCAGAACGAAAGCGGGUGCCAGUGGAAAGACUCAUCACAAGACCUUUGAAUCUACAAAGUAAUUUAUUUUUACUUUAUAAUUUGUUUUUGUAACCAAUAAAACUGUACUGCAACAAUGACUCGA